GGACUCGCACAGUGCUGGACUGUAAAACGCCUCUCAGCUCUGCUCUCCGGCUCCGGCCACCAGAGAAGAUGCUUCAUCGUUACUCUUCAUGAGAUUACUGCAACACUGGGUGGAGUGGCAGCUCUGCAGCUAAUGGGCUGCUGCUGUUGCUCUUUCCAUCUUUAUCUCUCUUUCAAUUGGGACGCUGGGGAGAAAUAAAUAGCUCAACACACACUGUUGGGAGGCAAAUGAAUGGAGCAGAGUGACAGGGGAUUUCCCCAGGCUGCCUUCACACCAAUGGAUUUGGACACACGUUUUGAGAUGGCCAAAUUGAAUUUGGCUAAAUAAUUUUUCUUUUUACAUUGCAAACUCAUUUUUGCAACAAGAUCAUCUCUUUACAGCUUGAAGACCAACCUUUUUGUGGAUUUUCACUGUAAAGAUUCACAUUAUAUCUUAGGCUCAAGGAUGUGCUCUAUAGUCAUGCUUCAUCAGUGGAGUCUGGCUAUGUUCUUGCUGUGCUCCCCAGUGACUCUUGAUGGGAAACCAGUUGAUGCACUUAGUAGCAGAACGAGGAGGUCAGUGAGCCAUGCCCAGCUGAUGCAUGACAAGGGCCGCUCCUUACAGGAGUUCAAGCGGCGCAUGUGGCUGCAGGAGCUGCUGGAAGAGGUGCACACUGCUGAUGAGCACGCUCCACCCGUGCAGAGCAGAACCCAGAGCCAAAUCUUCAGUGGGAAUGCCCUGCACGAGAAGCCCCCAGGGGCCACCAAGAACCUCCCUGACAGGUUCAGGCCGGACAGAGAGGGCCCUAACCUGCCCCAGGAGACCAACAAGGCUCUGGCAUAUAAGGACCAGCCACUAAAAGUAGCCACCAAGAGAAAAAAAAAGGUGAGGUUAGGCCGACGUAGAGAGAGCGACAAGAAGCGAAGGCGGGCACGGUCUGUCACAUCAAAGGAGCCAUGAAGGAUGCAGUGCCCUGGCUAAGAGACUCCCAACAGCCUUUAUAUGGUACUGCACUAAGACACUGACAUUGGUCCAACUAGACUGGGAUUUGAGAGACUCUAUGCAUGGCUGACUCAGUCACUUCAUAUUACAGCCCUGAGGUUGUGCUUGUAUGGUAAUAUUUUGCUGUGUUUGUAUUUUCGAUCUCAUACUUCCUGAAGUUUCGUGAAAUAUCAUCAUCUUAAGUCCAUAUUUAUUUGGAACAUCUGUAGGCCUCUGUAACUUUGAUUGACUUCAAAACAAAGCCAUAUGUUGUGAUCUCUAACCAGCUGUGUGCUCGAGUAGAUCAGGAUGAACUAUUUAUUGCCUAUAUAUAAUGUAACUUCACAAAAUUGGGAGGCUGAAUGGUCUACUUUUGUUUGGCUCUAUAUUUGUUGACUAUCGUGAACUUACAGUUACAUACAAACUGUUCACUGCAUACAUCUGUUCGAACUUGUCUGGCAUAAUUUAUUUCACUUUAAAAGUGUGUAUUUAUUUUGUGAAUGUAUCACGGUGCUGCUGACUAAAUUCCAUAAUGCACUUUAGUUAUAUCCUGUACAUGUUCUUUUGUGGUUGAGUUUUAUUUUGAUGUUUCUUUUUGAUGGUCCUGCUUUCCUUCUUCACCUUAGAUCCCUCAUGGACUUGUAACUUAUUGGAUGCUUCAUCAAAUCCACUCUUACCAUUUCACAUUAUAGUUUAUUUUUUAUAAAACAAGCCCGAGUCAGGAGCUGUCAGACUCAUUUAAUGUUCUACUUGCACUGAGGGCAUACUGUACAUUUUUUCCAGUUAAUCAAACAUUAAAAGUGUAGCCAUUAGAAAUA